AGCUAAAGGCCAGGGAAAAAAAAAUUCAUAAACCAAGGCUGCGGCUUCACAGAGCUUCGUGCUCUCAGGGCAGGCUGGGAGACACGAUGGAUCUCCUGCCAAACUUUUCUGUUCUCACUUGGCUGCUCCUCAUCAUUUUCCUUAGCCUCCUGGUCCUCUAUGGGAUAUGGCCCUUCCAGGCCUUCAAGAAGCUGGGCAUUCCUGGGCCACAGCCUCUGCCGUUUUUGGGAACUUUCCUGGAGUACCGGCAUGGAGUCCUGAAUUUUGAUCAGAUGUGCUUUGAAAAGUAUGGCAAAAUCUGGGGGAUUUUUGAUGGCAGGCAGCCUGUGCUGGCCGUUUUGGACCCCGUCCUCAUCAAAAAUAUCCUGGUGAAAGAGUGCUAUGCCAUUUUUACUAAUCGCCGGAACUUCGGUCUGAACGGGAUCCUGGAGUCGGCCCUCAAUGUGGCUGAAGAUGAGAAGUGGAAGAGGAUUCGUACUGUGCUGUCUCCAACCUUCACCAGUGGGAAGCUGAAGGAGAUGUUCCCUAUCAUUAAUCACUAUGGCGAAAAAUUAGUGAAAAACAUCGAGAAGAAAGUGGCUAAUGAUGAGUUCGUGACCAUGAAGGACAUUUUUGGAGCCUACAGCAUGGAUGUGGUGGCCAGCACGUCUUUCAGUGUGAAUAUUGACUCCAUGAGCAACCCCAGUGACCCCUUCGUCACCAACAUUAAGAAAUUUCUCAAAUUCAAUUUCCUAAACCCUGUGUUUGUAUUCUUAGUGUUGUUCCCCUUCGUUAUCCCAGUGCUGGAAAAGAUGAAUGUGACUCUGUUACCCUCAAAGGUCAUGGACUUCUUCAAGGGUGUCUUCACAAAAAUGAAGAAGGAACGAGAAAAGGGCAGCAGCACGGACCGGGUUGAUUUCUUGCAACUCAUGGUUGACUCGCAGAGCUCACAUGACAAGUCUGCUGAGACCGACUCGUACAAAUCAUUAAGUGAUGAGGAGAUUCUGGCCCAGGCUCUUGUGUUUGUCUUUGCUGGUUAUGAGACCACCAGCUCCACCCUCAGCUACAUAUCGUAUAACCUGGCCACCCACCCUGACGUGCAGCAGCGACUCCAGGAUGAGAUCGAUGCAAACCUGCCCAAAAAGGCUACUCCCACAUACAACGCCAUCACGCAGAUGGAGUACCUCGAUAUGGUGGUGAACGAAUCCCUCCGGCUCUUCCCCCCCGGGGGCCGGAUCGAGAGGGUCUGCAAGAAGACGGUGGAGCUCAACGGUGUGACUAUUCCAAAGGGCAUGGUGGUCAUGGUCCCAGCCUACGUGCUGCAUCGUGACCCGGGGUACUGGCCAGAGCCGGAGGAGUUCAGGCCUGAGAGGUUCAGUAAAGAGAGCAAAGAGUCUAUUGACCCCUACACCUUCCUGCCAUUUGGGGCUGGCCCCAGGAACUGCAUAGGAAUGAGGUUUGCCCUCCUCAUCGUGAAAGUGGCUAUGGUGGUCCUGUUGCAAAAAUUCUCAUUCAGAACCUGCAAAGACACUCCGGUGAGGAUACGGGAUCAUGCGUUUCAUUAUCUGCCCUUUAGUCCCACUGAGAUGGUCCUGCGUGCUCUCUUUUGCCUAUAUCUCAGGACAAACGGGGAACUGUCUCUCAUGCACAUUAAAUCCCUCUCUUCCCCAAGGAGUUCAGAGACCACUAGCUUCAGCACCACUGAACCUUGUCUGCAGACUGGGGUUUUACUACUUCACACAGAGAUCAGGGAGGAAGAUUUCACUGUGGCUUAGAGAGGCAUAUGGGAAUAACUGUAUUUAAAUCUUCUCAGUUAAUUUAAAAGGUUCACCACAAGUUACUGAUACAUUUUUUCAAGCCUCUACAGAGGGAAAUUUAAUGUUGGUGGAAAAUGUCAGGCUGAAAUCCCUGAAGUCCUCUGCCUCUCUUUGGGUGCACCUAAGUUGUGGGGUGCUCGCUCCCCCAUGGUGCGCUGCCGGUCUGCCUUGACCUGCCUUAGGAAGACCCUGCUCUAGAGAGCAGAAAGCAAAUAUCUCCCCCAGCCUGCUCCAAAGCUGCGCUUUGCAACACAAACGUGGCUAUUCUCUGUGAGAGAUCCCAAGACGCUAAAAUUCAUCUCUUAUGGGCCACCAGGCAGUCUCUAAAGGGUAACAAUUUUCAAGCAAGAACAAUCUGAGCUAAAUUUGAAUUGGCAACCCUCUCCCUCUUUGAGGCUAUGCAGGAUCCCACCACGUUUUGGUUUUGCCCGGGAUCCCUGUGAAUACUGCAUUCAGUGCUGAUGGGUCAGGCCCUGCAAGAUGGGGCUGUUUGACAUAAACUAAAUGCAAUGGCUGUUGGAAAUUGUAUGAUGUCAAGCAAGCCCUCCUGAAAACAUGACAACUCCCUAUGACUCAGAGGCAGGUAGCACUAUGUUUGAUGUUAGCUUCCAACCCUGACCCGGCUUUCUGCAUUGACUGCUGCAAAAGGCAUUGCCGUUAAUAUAUUUUGUUCACAAGGCGAGCUUGGGAAAUCGGAGCGGGGGGGCAGCAAGUGUAUUCAAAGGACAUUUGUUGUAAGAAACCAAAAAAUCCUUAUUAAAUUAUUACUUGGCACGGGUGCUCAGCUGGAAUCUCUGCAGAUUCAGAUUGCAACUCAACUAGUAACCUCGAGGUGAAAGACUGUAAUAGUCCAUUAACAAUGCAGUGACCUAUCCACCCUCCCCCAAGUCUAAUGACAUUUUUCUAGUCCUCUGCAAUCCAUAAAAUUGAUUCUUUUUACAACUGCCUUUAAUUAAAAGGAGACAAGUUAAAUAUGUAUUGUAUUAUUGGUGCCCAUAGGUUUAUGGGGCUCUUUCAGCCCUUUUUUCUACAGAAGAUGUCACGUACAUCAGAUCAGAGCAGGAGGGAAAAAUUCAUGCCGGAACAUCCCUUUGGAAUACAUAUAUGGAAGCUGCAACCUCCUCUCACUCAUCCACUGAUGGCACACUGGGCUCCGAGCCACAUUGCUUAAAUUUCCUGAAACAAAGCUUACUGGGAUAUGGGGAUUUUAAUGUAGCUUGUCGGCCUGGGGUGUAUUACCCUUGUCCUGAUGGGGAGAAGGAGAGCUGGGAUAUGAGCAGCAUCAAAUUGUUGGAUGAGACUUGGUAAAACACUCUUCCCUCCCCUGCAAGAUGACUCCCUCCAACACCAGUUUUAAAUGUUCUUUUCAUUGAGAUUUCCAGCUCACCCCAAGGGAGCCCGUCACUUUUCUGUAUGAGGAUGCUUUUUCUUUGGUACGCCAUCUGAGCAGCAAUCUUAGUUUCGUUCUUCCUGGAGAGCUUGUAGCUCCUCCAGCUCCCAUUACGAUCUAGCUCCACUUAGCGCUGAGACACUUCAGCAUUAAACAAAAUGGCACUGCAUGCCCCUCCUUAGCUGUGGCUCCCCGGAUGGAUUUUGGCUGGUUUUCCCUCCACGUGCAGCCUGUUGAUCCGUGCAGGUCUUCCUACCACGCCAUGUGAAAGCCAGAAUUCACUAACCGGUUUAUUCAACAGCUGAGGGCUACUAAAUCCCAGCUCGUAGCUGUUUUGCAUCAGCAAUAGCGAUAGUCCUGCCAUAAGUACAUCUGUAAGUUAGAAAAUGCCUUGAAAGCAAGGGGUGGCUGAGACACAUGUGGGCUGUAGGGGUCCUGUCAGCGUCAUGACUGUCCUUUUUCCCAGCUUACGUGGCUAUUUUGGUCUUUUUCCUCCUG